UAAAUAGCAGUGCCGAGGCAGGGCAAGCAGACAUACGUGCAGAGCAGCCAUGGCUAACCUCCACAUGUUCCUCGGCCUCCUCCUCCUCCUAUCCAUGCACACUAUUCCUCCUAGCAUAGCCACAGAAGACCAUACUCUCACGCCAGGCCAGCCGUUUGCUGUCGGCGACAAGCUCGUUUCUAGCAACGGCAAGUUCGCGCUUGGCUUCUUCCAGCCCGGCGCCGGCAACAUCACUAGUAAUUCAUCUACCUCUCCCGGUUGGUACCUUGCCAUAUGGUUCAACAAGAUCCAUGUCAUCACUCCCGUCUGGGUCGGCAACCGGGAGAGGCCAAUCGCCGGACCCGAUCUGAGAGCAACACAGCUUCAAAUCUCAGAAGAUGGCAACCUUGUCGUCCUAGACAACAACACCCAAUCCACCAUCUGGUCCACCAACAUCACCAAUACUAGAACCAACACCAACACUAACAUCACCAAUACUAGAACCAACACCAAUAUUUCCAAUACUAGAACCAACACCAACACCACCAGGGCCAUCCUCUUGGGCAGUGGAAACCUCGUCAUAGAAAGCCUGUCAAGUGAGGUGCUGUGGGAGAGCUUCGACAACCCAACCGACAUCCUCCUCCCAUUCGCCAAGAUCGGCUGGAACAAGCUCACCGGCCUGAACCGUGUCGGCAUCUCGUGGAAGAGCCGGAUCGACCCGGGCCUCGGCUCCUUCAGUGUGGGGCUGCUAACCAAUGGCACCAGGAUGGUGACGGCCAGGCGUCGAGGCUACCCUUCCGAAGUGUACUGGUGGUGGUCGCCUGACGACCACUCGUCCAUGCAGAUCCCAGCACUCAGGAAGUUGCUGCACAUGAGCCCACAGACCAGCAUGGUCGUCCCGGAAUACGUCAACAACAAGCAGGAGGAGUACUACAUGUACACCUCCCCAGAUGAGAUCUCUUCGUUCCUCUUCAUCGACGUGUUUGGUCAGACCAGGCUGAACGUGUGGUCGCAGGACAACCAGGCCUGGCAUAGCAUCUAUGUCGAGCCCGCCGAUCCCUGCACCCCAUACGCCGCCUGCGGGCCGUUCACCGUCUGCACUGGCAACUCGCACCCGCCAUGCGAGUGCAUGGAGAGCUUCUCCAGGACGUCGCCUCAGGAUUGGGAGCUCGGUGACCGGACAGGAGGGUGCUCCAGAAACACUCCGCUGGAUUGCAAUGGCAACAGGAGUUCCACAGACGUGUUCCACCCCAUAGCUCGUGUGACAUUACCCUAUGGUCCCCAGAGUUUACAGCAUGCUCCUGCAAAUCGGAGCGAAUGCGAAUGGGCCUGCCUCACCAACUGCUCCUGCACUGCUUACUCCUACCAUGACAGCAAAUGCUCUGUUUGGCAAGGGGAGUUGUUCAGUGUAAACAAGGAUGAUGGCAUCGAGAUCAGCUCUGAAUAUACUCUGUACAUUCGCCUUGCUGCGGGAGAUGUUCCAAGUUCAACAAGAGAUAGUAAAAGAAAACCAGCAGCUGGAGCUGUUAUUGCUGCAAGCGUUAUCAGUUUUGGGUUGCUGAUGCUCAUGCUGCUACUGGUGAUCUUAAGGAACAGAUUCAACUGGUGUGGUAUGUCAUCACAGGCCACCAAUCAAGGUAGUGUUGGAGUUGUUGCCUUUAGAUACGCCGAUUUGGGCCGUGCUACAAAGAAUUUCUCAGUGAAGCUAGGAGCAGGAGGUUUUGGGACUGUAUUUAAGGGAGUUUUAAGUGACCUGACUAGUGUAGCAGUGAAAAGGCUUGAAGGUGCACGUCAGGGAGAGAAGCAAUUCAGGGCAGAGGUAAGUGCGCUUGGACUGAUCCAGCACAUCAACCUGGUGAAAUUGGUUGGUUUCUGUUGUCAUGGUGAUAAGAGGCUGCUUGUAUAUGAACACAUGUGCAAUGGUUCUCUUGAUUCCCAUCUGUUCCAAAGCAAUGGCACAGUCCUCAACUGGAGCACCAGAUAUCAGAUAGCCAUCGGAGUUGCUAGAGGAUUGUCCUACCUGCAUCAGAGUUGCCGCGAAUGCAUCAUACACUGCGAUAUCAAGCCAGAAAAUGUACUUCUCGAUGAAUCGUUUGUCCCCAAAAUUGCAGACUUUGGGUUGGCAUCGGUCAUAGGAAGGGAUUUUAGCCGGGUUCUAACUACAUUCAGGGGAACUACAGGGUAUCUUGCCCCAGAGUGGCUUAGCGGGGUUGCUAUUACAUCAAAAGUCGAUGUUUACAGCUUUGGCAUGGUACUGAUGGAAAUCAUAUCGGGAAGAAGGAAUGCGUCUGUUGUGCACACUAGCAGCAACGACCAUGUCGCUUUUUUCCCUGUGCAAGCCAUGAACAAGCUUCAUGAGGGAGAUGUGCAGAGCCUGCUAGAUCCAGAAUUACAUGGUGACUUUAACUUGGAUGAGGUUGAAAGAGUUUGCAAUGUAGCAUGUUGGUGUAUCCAGGAUAAUGAGCUGGAGCGGCCAACAAUGGGUGAAGUGGUCAGAGUUCUUGAGGGUCUAAUGGAGCUUGAUAUUCCUCCGAUGCCGAGACUGCUUGCGGCUAUAACAACAUAAUGCUUUGAUGUCACUUCGAUGUAGUAAUUCUAACUAUUUGUAUUGUAUAUGCUACUUUUAUUUGCUUCAGCAAAUUUUAUGGUUCUCGUUUGGACGUGUAAUAGCUCAAAAAUCAUAUACUAUAAUAUAAAAUAAUC